CACUUUCCACUCAACCAUUCAACUCCGGCACGGGCAGCCGUGCACCGUCAGGUUUCUCCAGAGCUCUGCUGCACGGACAGACAGCGACCCGGAGCUCAUCGACCUGCAGGAGGAGCUCAGCGAGAGGACCGGCGGCGCUUCGUUCAGCCCUCUUCAACUUUUAUCACCAUGACCGCUCCGUUGAGAUAAGGAUUAUUUUGGACUGCCUCCCGCUUUCCGCAUCGAUCCGACAAACAAGCCAGCGCAGCGACUGUGAUCUUGGCAGCGGAGCAGAACAGGACCGAGGUGUGAGUCUGCCGUCACUCAGGAUGUCCUCGCUCACGCUCGUGACAGGGGUGCUGCUGCUCUCCGGCUGUUUGUCGGGGGGCUGCUCGCCCACGCCGGCCGAGAGCGGCUCUCAAGGUGCGGGGCGGCCGGAUGAUCCCGUGACCCCCUGCCCGUCCUGCGCUCUUGCCCAGAGGCCGAAGGACUCGGAGGAGCAGACCGACAUGGUGGAGGCGGUCAAGAGGCACAUCCUCAACAUGCUGCAUCUGAACGCCCGGCCCAACGUCACUCACCCGGUGCCCCGCGCCGCCCUGCUCAACGCCAUCCGCAAGCUGCACGUGGGACGGGUGGGUGAGGAUGGCACCGUGGAGAUGGAGGAAGACGCAGGGGGGCUGGGGGAACACCGAGAGCAACCUGAGGAGCAGCCCUUUGAGAUCAUCACCUUCGCUGAGCCAGGCGAUGCCCCUGACAUCAUGAAAUUUGACAUUUCUAAAGAGGGCAGCACUCUAUCUGUGGUGGAGCAGGCCAACGUAUGGCUGUUCCUUAAAGUCGCCAAAGGCAGCCGAGGAAAAGGAAAAGUGUCUGUUCAGCUCCUGCAGCAAGGCAAAGCAGAUCCAGGAUCUACGGAUGCACCCCAAGAACUGGUAGUGUCCGAGAAGACCGUGGACACACGGCGAAGCGGCUGGCACACCCUACCGGUGCCCCGCACGGUGCAGACCCUGCUGGACGGGGACAGCAGCUUGCUCAGUCUCCGCGUCUCCUGUCCACUGUGCGCCGAGGCCGGUGCCGUGCCCAUCCUGGUGCCUGCAGAAGGCAGCAAGGGCAAAGAAAGAGAACAAUCUCACCGACCCUUCCUCAUGGUGGUGCUCAAGCCGGGCGAGGAGCACCAGCACCGGCGCAGCAAACGCGGUCUGGAGUGCGACGGGAAAAUCCGCGUCUGCUGUAAACGCCAGUUUUACGUCAACUUUAAGGACAUCGGGUGGAGCGACUGGAUCAUCGCUCCGUCAGGAUAUCACGCUAACUACUGCGAGGGCGACUGUCCUAGCCAUGUAGCCAGCAUCACGGGCUCUGCCCUCUCCUUCCAUUCCACCGUCAUCAAUCACUACCGGAUGCGCGGGUACAGCCCGUUCAACAACAUCAAGUCGUGCUGCGUACCCACGCGCCUACGGGCCAUGUCCAUGCUCUACUAUAACGAGGAGCAGAAGAUCAUUAAGAAAGACAUACAGAACAUGAUAGUGGAGGAGUGCGGCUGCUCAUAAGACGCCGUGAACUCCUAACAAACAUUUCGAUGUUGGUACAAAGCACAUAUCAGACGAUCGGCAGUCGGUGGUCACCCACAAACUUUUGAACUGCAAACUGAUUUGUUUCUAGAUCAUUCCAAUAGGACUGAUUAUUGGAGCGGUCUUCGUGGCACUUUCAUAUAAAAAUGACGAAGGAGAAUAAAGCAUAAUAUAUUUUUUUUAAUGAAGGGACACUGAGACUGAGAGGGAACGGGUGCAUGGGUCAAAGUGUCAGCCCUGAUUCUCUGCACUGCAAUAAAGAGACUUAUUUUGAAGUGUGGAAUUAUAUAUUCUGAAGAGAAGAGAAGAAAAAAAAAAAACAUGCAACUCUAUGCAAGUCAAGUAUUAUUACUGGAUGUUCUUUUUUAUUAUUAUUAUUUGUCGUUUAGCUUUUGUUUAACGUUCGUCAUCCCUUUUCUCACAGACAAAAAAUUAGUCAUUUUUUUAUUACAUCUUAAAAGUGAUUUCAUUAUUUCGUUUUUCUUAUGAGAGAUACUUGAACAAAAAUUAGUUUGACCAGCUGCUGGAGCCAAACUGCAUUAUUAUUGUUAUUAUUAUUAUUAUUAUUAUUAUUAUUAUUAUUAUAUUGUUAUUAUCACCUAUUGUUAUUAUUUUUCUCCUAAACAUUCUGAAUGUUGAUGAAAAGUAAUAUAAAUUUGCACUAAGCCAACAUUCGUACCAUGCGAGCAUUUUAGUUGCCAUAUCAGAUAUGCAUUUGGAACUUACACAUAGUAAACCAAAGACCAUACACUUCCCGUUCUCAGAGCAAAUCCCCAAAAUGCCCAGCUCUGUGAAUUUAUUCAAUUUGGAACAACUGUGUAUGGCCAACACGAGUCAAUAUAGCACAUAAAAUAACUUUAUUUUUUAUUCAUUUGUUUGUUUUUUCCUGAAACAGCCUCAAUGUUAAGAUUUUUCCUCUCUGUGUUUCGACAGUGUUUGUCUCUACCAAUGUAUAACAAAGGUCUUAGAUUCUGAACUGAAAGCUAGCCUUCAAACGACAGAAAUAUCGUUCAGUAAAGAGAGAGAUAGAAACAAUGUCCUGGCAAUAGCCAGGUUCAAAGUACAAGACACUAAAGGAACUUGCUGUGUUGUUUUAUGUAGAGUUACGCAACAUAUGGUGAUAUGUUGCUAUGUUGUACAAAUCAAAAUAUGUGCUUGUCAUGUUUUAUAUCUAAUUUAUUUUGCAGCAUAUUCUUUGCUUCACUAUUAAAGCUGAACUGUACAACUUCAGUCAACAG